AUGAAGCUUGUUGUUCUAUUGGUUCUAUUUGGUGCAGCUGUGAGUGAUUUAUCAUUAGAAUGGGAUAAAUUCAAACGUGACUACAACAAAAAUUAUGCAUCGGCUGCCGAAGAAAUGGAACGUAAAGAAAUAUUUAUUGAAAAUAUUAAUCGAAUGCGUGCUUAUCAGCAAACUUAUCCCGAUGCAUCAUUCACAAUGUCAAUCAAUUAUUUAGCCGAUCGACGAAUUCAGGAACUUGUAUCAAGACCAAAGAUUCAUAUUGAAUCUCGACCAACAAUCCGUCAAAGUUCUGUGAAAACAAAGAACUUACCUGAAUCGCUUGACUGGCGUGAUAAAGGUGUAAUCGGACCCGUAAGUGAACUUGCUGGCGAAAUCGUGACUGCCGUUGUCAGCACUGAACUUGUCGAGAGUCUUCAUGCUAUUCAUACCAAGAAUUUCAUUGAAGGCAGCAUCCAACGAGUAUUCGACUGUUGCCCACAACCAGCUGAUACUUUUGUUUGUAUACAGAAUAUAAGUGGUAUUUGCCGCAAAAAUGACUAUCCAGAAGCUCUCGGAACAUGCGAACCAGACAAAUGCACACCAUUUACAACGGUACAAAUUGUUGGGUAUGGUAUCGAAGGUGGUAAACCCUACUGGUUGUGCAAAAAUAACUGGGGUGCGGGCUGGGGCGAUCAAGGCUACAUUCGCAUUGCACGUGGUAAGAAUAUGUGUGCUAUUGCCACGGUAGUCAUACAAGUGGCAAUUACCGAGCCGAGUAGUACUACACAAGUAUCUACGAGUACGAGUAGUGCUACACAAUUAUAUACGAUUAGCUCAAUCCAUCUCAUGAUCAUAUUCGUGAUGGUGACAAUUGCUCAAACUAUUCUUAUCUAUAACUAA